CACUCUCAGCCAAUCGGCGUUGGGCUCUCAUGUUUGCAUGCUUUUUUGAAUUCACUGAGUGAGCUGAACGGAACCACCCUAUCAAAAGAGCGUAUACAAUGGGCUUACUAUUCUAUCAAAACGUAUUUUCCUAACUUAAUCGUUUUAUGUUGCACUUUAGAUAAACUUUUUCUGUCAUUGCGAGGAGAGCGUAGUUCAUGUGCCUACGCUUUAGUUUUAAUCGAUAGUUCGGCUAACAUAAACCCAGAUUGCUAAACUGGACUCUUAGUGUUUCUUCAUUAAUCAAAACCUUUCCAGCAUAUAUCUGGACGUAUCCCAUCCACAUACGGAACUCAACUGUUCGUCUCUUAUUUCUGUGCCGCCCUUGUUCACUCCUCCAGAUUUUGAUAUUCUGGACAGGACUGGGUCGCCACCCCUCGUCACAGUGCCAUGGCUGACAGCAGCAUAGUUACUUUAGGGCCGGGCCGCAGCCUGCUGGUGGACUCCUCCGUAUACGACUCCCGGAUGGCCGAGACCUCAAAGGAGCAAUUUUUCAUGGGUCUACACGCAGACGAGUCAGAGGAUGUACUGCCCAAAGUUGAGACGAGACUGGUGUUGGUGGGGGAGGCCGGCAACAUCGCAGAACUUGAUAAAGCUCUUCAGGCCAUCACAAUAAUGGAAGUCCCGGUGGUAAAGAUUAAAGAAGGGCAGCCGGGCACAGAGGCGUGUGAGAAAUUGAUAAAAUCUAUAGUCAAUAUGGAUAUAAACACCCCCUAUAUCAAAACUGACAAUGUCAGAGAUUUUGGUGACGGCGAGAACUGCGAGUUCGAGACGGUGUUUGUGUUGAAAGACUUCCAGGCUCCCGAAUACAGCUUCCUGUACAAGAAUGACAACCGUAUCCUGGGGCCUCCUGCCGUGAUGCACUGCGCCAGCAAGGGAGAGCCUCUGCCGUUCUCCUCCAGGCCUCUCUACUCUAUGACCAUGCUCAACUUGUCUCUCUGCUUCACCGGAUUUCGUAAAAAAGAUGAAGUGGUUACCCUGGUAAAUCUUGUCCAUCACAUGGGUGGCAUCAUCCGAAAAGACUUUGACAGUACUAAAGUCACACACCUCAUCGCCCGUUCAACACAUGGUGAAAAGUACAGGCUGGCAGUCUGCAUGGGCACACCCAUCCUCACCCCUGAGUGGAUACACAAGGCAUGGGAGCACAGAGAUGACAUUAACUUCCAUGCAGGAAACGAGGAAUUCCGCACCGUGUUUAAAGUCCCUCCAUUCCAGGAUUGCGUGCUGAGCUUUCUGGGCUUCUCUGAAGAAGAGAGAAGCAACAUGGAGGAGAGGACGCAGAAACAUGGUGGACGGUUCCAGGCGGUGGGUGAUGAAGGAUGCACCCACUUGGUAGUUGAGGAGAACUCAAUUAAAGAACUACCUUUUACUCCCUCCAAAAGACUCUAUGUAGUGAAGCAGGAGUGGUUUUGGGGCAGUAUACAAAUGGACGCCCGUGCUGGGGAAACCAUGUACUCUUAUGAAAAGCCUGAGAGUCCUGCGAUGAAGAAGGCCGUGUCUCUGCUGUCUAUCACGACACCCAACAGUGGCCGGAAACGUCGCCGUCUUAGAGAAACUUUGGCUCAGCUCACCAAGGAGGCCGAGAUUUCUCCCUUCCCACCGCGCAAAAGACCCUCGGCUGAACACUCCCUCUCCAUGGGCUCCCUGCUGGACAUCUCCAACACACCUGACACCUGCAAAGCCAGCGGAGAGAAUGCCAAACUUCCCAAAAGCUCAACUCCCGCCCUUCCUAAACAGUCAGCGCGCUGGCAGGUCUCCAAGGAGCUCUACCAAACAGAAAGCAACUACGUUGAUAUCCUGGCCACGGUCCUGCAGCUCUUCAAAUACCCCCUGGAUAAAGAGGGGCAGGUGGGCGGCCCCAUUCUAGCUCAGGAAGAGAUCAAGACCAUCUUCGGCAGUAUUCCAGACAUCUACGAAGUGCACAUGAGAAUAAAGGCGGAUCUCGAGGAGUUGGUGAUGAACUGGUCUGAAGAGAGAAGCGUAGGAGACAUUAUCCUGAAAUAUUCUAGAGAGCUGGUGAAGGCCUACCCGCCGUUUGUCAACUUCUUUGAGAUGAGCAAAGAGACUAUAGUCAGAUGCGAGAGACAGAAGCCGAGGUUUCAUGCCUUCCUCAAGAUUAAUCAGUCUAAACCUGAGUGUGGCCGUCAGACUCUUGUUGAGCUUUUGAUUCGUCCUGUGCAGAGACUGCCGAGUGUUGCCCUCCUGUUGAAUGAUAUAAAGAAACACACAUCAGAUGACAACCCUGAUAAAGUGACCCUGGAAAAGGCCAUCGAGUCUCUCAAAGAAGUGAUGACCCACAUAAAUGAAGAUAAAAGGAAGACCGAGGGACAGAAGCAGAUUUUUGAUGUUGUUUAUGAGGUGGACGGCUGCCCUGCCAAUCUGUUGUCGUCACACCGGAGUCUGGUUCACAGGGUGGAAACCAUUGCUCUGGGAGACAAACCCUGCGAUCGGGGAGAACAUGUCACACUCUUUCUGUUCAAUGACUGUUUGGAGAUCGCAAGGAAGAGACACAAGGUGAUAACCACGUUCCGGAGUCCGCUGGGUCAGACACGGCCGCCCGCCCAUCUCAAACACAUAGCCUUGAUGCCUCUGUCCCAGAUCAGAAGAGUCCUUGACAUCCAAGACACAGAAGAGUGUCAGAACGCUUUUGCCCUGGUGGUACGUCCUCCUACAGAACAGGAGAACCUGUUGUUCAGUUUCCAGCUGACGGCCGAAGACACGCUCAAAUCUGCCUGGCUCAAAACUCUCUGUCGUCAAGUGGCCAACACGAUUUGCCGAGCUGAUGCGGAAGAUCUCAUUCAGAGCGCCGAUCCUGACUCCGUCCAAGUGAACACAAAGGACAUGGACAGCACGCUCAGCCGAGCGUCCAGGGCCUUCAAAAAAACAUCAAAGAAGGUCACAAGAGCAUUUUCUUUCACUAAAACCCCCAAGCGUGUUCUCCAGAGGGCCUUUUUAGCCAAUGGGACCCCAGAUGACAAGAGUCCUGGCCCAGAUGGCGAUCACAUGGGCCGAAUGUCCAGCAGCUCCACACUGGCUAUGUCUCGUUCUGCCUCUACGUUCAGUCUGACGGGCUCUAUUAAAAGCGCAGUGGUUCAGCGGUCGAACUCUCUGGACCAUGCCCCGCGGCCCAGGGUCCCGGUGUGUGUCCGCACUCCGUGCAGUCCAGAGAGGGCUGAUGAACCCGCGGCUCCCAAAACCCAGCUCAGACCAUCCAUCCUGUCCCUCCCAGCGGCCCAGCCCGUAGCUCUGUGCCGAGAGCUGCUGGCGCCCCCCGAGCCGCAGCGCAGGUUCCCUGGGUCCCCGCGGCAGGAGACCCUCCUGUAGGACUCUUAAAUGCUGUUCAUUCGCCAUCCAUGAUCAACCUGUCCUCUGCCUUUGAGAGGAAAUAUCAUACCUUCAGCCGGUCCACAACUCACCUGUACUGAACUUUGCAUCCAGUGUUGCAAUUAAUUUCCACACUACGGUACCACGUCCGGCUGACGCCUACAGCCCAAGCCCCCCAUCUGGGUUUAAUUUACAGGUCCAGAACCCACCAAAUGAAGGAUGGCUUGUGUUGAUGUCGAUGUCCAAUUUAAUUAACAUAAAAGAGACAUUUCUGACUGACAUGUUCUGAUGUUUAUUAGAUGGGUAGAGUUUUCACACAGUUAUUAACCACUGAAAGUAUUUCUUAAUGUUUUACAAGGUAGGCCCUAAUCUAAACUAAUCUAGUUUUCAGCUUUUAUAAAGCUAUACACAUCUAGCUGUUGCAUUUAAAUGGAAAUGCAAAAAGCUGCCACAGUAAGGUCUGGUUUAAACAAGCGGCCUUAUGUUUUUGCAUACUUUUAGAAGUGAUUUUUAUUGUUGAUUUAGGGUAUUGGUUUCUACAAGUCUAAAGAGAGUUAUUGCGGUAAGCCUGCCAUAUUUAUUCUCCAGAAUCACUUCUAUAUGUAAAUCUUUCCUUCUGUCUAUAUUUAUGUGUAAAUAUUGUAUUUUUCCUCUUUGUGAUUGUCUACUAAUAAUAGUUUGUCUCUGUUGCUUGUACCGUUUUGUAGUCACUGCACUUAUGUCACAAAUGUAUUCAUGUUUCACGAUUGCCUGUAAAAGGGAUUCGUAUAAUGUCUUUGCCUACUGCAGAUUUGUUUGGAGUGGGUGGUUUUAAUGUUAUUGGUUUGACAACUUUUAAAGGUGACUUCAUUUAUUCUUGAUCAAUAAAGGAAGCAUAAAGCCUU